CAAGGUGCGCGUGCCCAGAGUGACGUCAAGUUGCACCACCCCGCCGCCGCCAAAAGCUCCAAACUUCGCAGCCUUCCGUCCCAACCUACCUCGAGCGACUCGCAGCGGCCUUCGCACGUCACCACCGUCCCAUACGCAACUUAGUAGUAUAUCGAAUCAAUAAACGCCUCACUAUGGCCCCUACCGAGACCAAGCCCGCGGGUCCAAAAGACCAAGACCCCGCAAAGCUGCCCGACGAAGGCCAACUCAAAGAGGCGGCUGCGGCGGCCGAAAAAGCCCUCGCCGCGCAGAGCAUGGCCAACUCGCUGAAGGAGACCGCCAAGUCCAUCACCGAUUCGAAGAAGCGCGAGAAGAUGCUCACAGACGCGUAUAACAAGGAGGUCGAAGCCCACGGCAACAGCAAGAAGGCCCGGAUGCUGCAGAGCGGCGCGUUCCAAGGGACUAUGGGCGGCGCUGGCAUUGGUGGUGCCGUUGGCAUCGGGGUGGGUACGGUAGUUGGCACGGUGGUUGGAGGAUUGACAGCUAUACCGACGACAGGGCUGGGUGCUCUCGUUGGGACCGGUGUCGGCGCGAUACAUGGACCCUUCAUCAAGCUGGGGUCGCUCGCGAGCGGCGGCGGCAAGGGCGAGAAGAGCAAGAAGGGCGAAGAGAAUAAAGAAAACGCGAAGGAGGCCGCUGAAGGUUCGCCGGACGACGAGGACGCUGUGCCUGACCCCAAGGCAUUGCGGCAGGCUGCGGAUGUGCUGGCCGAAGAGAGGGCGAAGCAGGGCCUCGACAGCGAAGGCUCAAAGCAGGAUCAAGCCGGAGCGGGAAAUCAGAAGAAGAAGCCAAGGAAAAUCGAGAUACGUUCUGGACAGCAGCCGGUCAAGACGCAGUGAAGUGCGAUCCAGACGAGCGGUCCAGGUAUGAUCCCCAAAAUGGAGUACGCGGCGAGCAAGCGAGCCUGUUAUCACCAUCAGCAAAUUGGAGAAGGGCACGG